UUAGACUGUUAACAUUCCACUCUCUCUCAUCUUUUCUUUCUCUCUCUACAUUUUCUCUCUCUCUCUCUACAUUUCUUCUUCUUCCUUCUUCUUCAUCCUUCCUUGAGAAAGCGAUCAGAAUUUACUCAACACGGCAAUAAUUAAACCCGGUUCGGAAAUGCAACUCCUCCGAUUCUCUUUUUCUCUCACUAAAAACCCUUUCCCCUCUCAUCAAUUUUGGUGACUGGGGUUUUCGGUUUUUGAUUUGUGCUUACAUUCAUUCAUUCAGUGGUGUGUGAAAUGCUGGAUCUGAACAUCGACGCCGGAUUUUCCGCCGAGGAGAAAACUGACCGGAAGGAGGAGGCCGAGAAUACCGCCGACGCCGAUUCGUUUACCUCCACCACCACCACUACCACCUCCGCCACCAAAAAUGGCGCCGAUGAGCUCGACUCCGACAGCCGUGCACCCGGAGACUUCGUCUCCACUCUCAAUUUCUCCAUCCUUGGCGAAGACGUGGUCGAAAUCGAUCGCGACGUGGUUAAUGAUAAUACCAGAAGCGAGCUGCAGCUUUUUCCGGUGGGUGAUUUGUAUUCGUCACCGGUGGCGGACAAAGCUAGGUACUGGUUGAAUCUAUCGGCGGCGACGGAGGUCUCCGCCGCCGGUGGGGUGGAAUUGGGGGUUUUGACUGCAGUACAACUGCCGUCCCCUAAUAAUCAGGUGCAACCGCCGGCGGCGGCGAAGAAAGGUAGGCGUGGGCCCCGCUCUCGGAGCUCGCAGUAUCGAGGGGUUACUUUCUACCGGAGAACUGGAAGAUGGGAGUCGCAUAUCUGGGAUUGUGGUAAACAAGUAUAUUUGGGAGGAUUCGACACUGCUGAUGCAGCAGCUAGAGCAUACGAUCGUGCAGCGGUCAAGUUUCGUGGAGUUGAUGCCGACAUUAAUUUCAAUAUCAAUGAUUAUGUUGAGGACAUGAAACAGAUAAAGAACUUGACGAAAGAAGAAUUUGUUCAAACACUUCGCCGACAAAGCAGUGGGUUCGCUCGAGGAAACUCAAAGUACAGAGGUGUAACCGUGCACAAAUAUGGUCAAUGGGAAGCACAAAUGGGUCAAAUCCUCCAGCAUAAGGUUUAUGACAAAGCAACUAUUAUGAAUAAUCCGAGACAGCCGUUUGCCAACGUCAUGCCUAGUAAUUACAAGACCGAAAUAACUACCACUUCCACAGACGGAGGUAGUAGUGGGAAUCUUGAUCUGAGCCUUGGAAUUUCUUUCUCUUCGGAUAAUCCGCUCACGAAUUACACCACCAAGAACUUGCACUCUCCUUACGCAUCUAAUGAAUCUCCCGACGCGAAAAGAAUAAAGGUUAUUCAACCCUCUUCCUCCCACGGGCUAAGAAUGACAGCCAUGUGUGCUUCAAUGGGAGAAGCCACAUAUUCUGCUUUUUCACCGAACAAUAAGGAAAGAGCCGUGCCACAUUUUUCGUAUAAUGCAACAUCAUCAAGAUUCUCUUCCACUACUACAACGACGACUACGACAACCUCUCCGUACGCCAACUCGCUGACAUCAUCCACAUCUACACCACAAUUUGCCGACACAUCUCUUCACAGGCUCUUAUGACCGUUAGCUCCAGUUCGAAACCACUCAAUAAAAUCACCGGCAAGUGAAGCUAUAGCCCCAGGUUUAUUCGAUCUCUUUUUAAUCAUACAUAUUAUUGUUAAAAAAAAAGACAAAAAAAGGAAAAACGAACAUUGUGUACAUUCUGAAUUCUAGUAAGAAAUCGGAAGGACGUUUAUUAAUAGUGAUGUGGUGAAUUAACUGUGGUUAUGAUCUUUGGCUGGGAAAAUAUAUGUCAAAGUGUUGAUGAUAGUUGUUAUAACUUCAAUGAAA